AUGGUGCAUAAGGCCUCAAUUGAAAGUGUUGACAAACUUCUGAGGGAUAUAAUGGACUCAAACGAUCUGUUUGGAUCAAAGGUCAUUGUUUUUGGAGGCGAUUUCCGUCAAGUCUUGCCAGUGGUAACAAAGGGAUCAAAAUCUGAAUUUAUUGAUGCAAGCAUAGUCAAUUCAUACAUAUGGCCACAGCUACAUAAGUUACAUCUGACUCAAAACAUGAGAGCAAGACAUGAUCCAGAGUUCACUCAAUAUCUACUUCGCAUUGGAAAUAUAACAGAACCAGUUAUCUUCAACAAUUCUAUCCAGAUACCUCCAUCGAUGCUAAUAAGAUAUACAAAUGAGGAAGAAUCAAUGAUUGCACUGAUCAGGAUGGUGUUUCCAGAUUUGAAAGCUUUUUCUCAGGAAAAUUUAUCUGCAGUUAACCGUGCUAUACUCACGACAAAAAAUGACUAUGUCGAUGAAAUUAAUGAGAGGCUCAUUGUACACUUAGAAGGACAACUGCAAGAAUAUAUCAGUCGAAACAAGUGUAUCGACAAUUCUGAGCAGACAAUCAUAGAGGACUUGCUAAACAGUUUGACUCCAAAUGGUUUCCUGCCCCAUAAGCUACUUGUUAAACCAUACUGUCCUAUCAUGUUACUGAGAAACAUUGAUGCGCCUCAGGGAUUAUGCAACGGCACUAGACUCAUAUGCAAAUCCUUGAGCUCAAAUAUCAUACAUGCCGUUAUAACAUGUGGUGAAUUUGCUGGAAAAGAGGUCUUCAUCCACAGAAUUUGUUUCAGAGCAGAGAACAAUUCAGACUCACCAAGAGCUACUACUGCUACCAGAGAAGUGGUGAUUAUAGAUAAAAGCAUGAUGCCUGUGAUUCUGACUCUUUGGGGUGAGCAUGAAACAGAUGAAGGCCAAGCGAUUGCAAAUGUCAUUGACACAAUGCCACUGAUUGUUGCACUUCGAAUUAAAGUAUCAUCAUAUCACAGCAAGGCUACUGAGACUCAAGCAGAAAUCAAGAAACUGAUAACAGAAAAAGCAUACCACAAUCGAGCUAAGCUUCUGCAACAACUAAGAGAUGAUGAGCUAACCACUAUUCAAGACUUUCUUGCAUUUCCUACGAAAAAAGCCUACUGGUUGCAUGGUACUCCAAGAUUACUAGACAAGAACGAACGAUUAUGGUAUAAUGCUUGUCCACAAUGCCAUAAAUCGUUCAGAGGAAAGCCUGUCUGGAAAAUUGUUUGCACUUCAUGCAACAAACAAGUGAAUAUUGCUCCAAGAUGCCGAUUAACUUUAGAACUUGCUGAUUAUUCUGGAGUUUUAACGCUUGAUCUUUAUGACAACGAUGCUCUUCAAUUACUACCUUUCACCCUAUUAGAGAUAUAG